AUGAGUCUUCCUGUAUUAGUUCAAGAUGAUUUAGAGAACAAAGUUGGUGAUAAUAUGAAUAAUCAUAAAAUUGUUAAAACUGACUAUCCAGGUUUUAAUGAAUUACUUGGAAGGAGAAUAAUGGGAUGGACUUGUGAAGAAAUUAUAGGAAAAGGAACAUUUGGUGUAAUUUAUAAAUGUAGCAAAAAAGCUACAGAAGAAAACAGCAAAGUAACUGAAAAAACAGAAAAAAAUGAAAAAACAGAAAAAAGUGAUAAAAAUGAAAAAAAAGAUAAAUAUAAUAAAAUUUAUGCUGCUUUGAAAGCUGAAGAUCAAACAAAACAAGAUACUCAUAUAAUAAAAGAAGUUCGUAUAUUAGAAGCUUUAAACAAAAAACAAAGUAAAAGAAAUUUUUUUGCUGAUCCUUUAGGAUAUGGUGAAAAACGAAAAUUCAAAUUUGUUAUAACAACUCUUUUUGGUACCAAUCUUUUUGACAUAUUAACAAAAAUGCCAAAUCAAAGAAUUGAAUUAAGAACAUGGAUUCGUGUUGUUAUUAAUAUUCUUGAAGGAUUGAAAAUUCUUCAUAAAAUAAAAAUUGUUCAUCUGGAUUUGAAGCCAGCAAAUAUUAUAGUUGAUUAUCAAAAUAAAAGAAAACAAAAUGACAUUGUUGUAAGAAUAAUUGAUUUUGGAUUAUCUAGACAUCUUAAAUAUAAAUGUAAUGUUGAUGAGAUACCUAUCAAUUUGGAACCUAGUAGUCCAGUUACUGAGAAAGAUGGUCCAAUAUGGUUUGGUUCUAUUUUUCAUUGCUCUCCACAUCUUCACAGAGGAUGUGAUCCAUCAUAUAGAGAUGAUGUAUAUUCAUGGUUAUUUGUUUCAAUGGAUUUAUAUAUAAAACUUCCUUGGACUCCAGCUGAUACUGAAAUAAAUAUUGCUAAAAAAAAGAUUAAUGCAACUUGCGAUUUUUAUAAAACUUACUUUCCAGUAGAACUUGAACCAAUUGUUAAAAAUAUUGUAGAAGCUCCUUCAAAUAAACCUCCAGAAUAUAAUAAAAUUCUUGAACAAUUAAAAGCUUUUAUGCAAAAGCAUUCAGUUCUUUGGAGUGAACCAUGUCAAUGGGAAAUUAAUCAUGCUAAAAAAGAAUCUCAAAUUCCAAAUAAUAAUACUUUAAAAAAAAAUGAACUACAUGUUUCUAAUAAAAAAAAAAUUGUUGAUGAUAACAAUAUAGAAAUAAACAUAUCUGAAAAAGGAAAAAAUAACAAAAGCAAUUUAAAAACUGAUGGAUGUAUAAAGUAA